AGUAAGGUCAGCAACAAUGAUGACUCAUCUCACUUUUCUUCUUCUUCUUGUGCUGUGGGUUGGUGUCUCAGUGAGCACAGCGGUGAAUCUGCAAAAGAGAAUUUAUAAUGGAAAGGUCUGUGACAAAAGUGAGCGACUCUACCAUGUCAGCCUGUCAGAUAUAUCUGAUGGAAAACCCGGUCACUGUGGUGGCUCUCUGAUCAGUGACCAAUGGGUUCUAACUGCAGCUCACUGCAAGGAGGAUCCAAUGUAUGCAGUUCUAGGUGUGCAUCCAGGUCCAGGAAUCGCAGUGGAAAUUCACAAAAAUGACAUAAUUCCACAUCCACAUGAUGACAUCAUGCUCCUGAAGUUACCAAAACCUGUUACUGAUAUUAAAGCUGUUGCUCAUAUUAAACAUGUUGAUCUUCCUACAUGCAAGGAUAACAACAAUAACCUUAACAAAAAGCCUCAAGAAGCGGAUGAAGUUCAACUUGCAGGCCAUGGUUGUCAUAGAAUAAAUAAAGUGACAAAGGAGAAACUUCCCAUUUACCCAAAGGAUCUUCAGUGUGCACUUAUGUAUGUUGUUCCCUGUAAUGACAUCACAAUUGAUAGGUGUUAUUCAAAGCUGCCAUAUGAAGCUCCAAUAGACAAAAGAGUGUGUUAUGAAGAAGCUGAUGUGGAUACAUGUGGGGGUGAUUCUGGUGGUGGAGUGAUAUAUGACAAAAAGAUAUAUGCUGUACAUGUUGGUUCUGGUAAAUAUGCUUGUAAAUUUCCAGCUGUUUCCUUGAGGGUCUGUUCUUACAUUGACUGGAUAAACCAGACAAUUCAUACAAAAAAUAAUGGAAAAUAA